UUUGAGCCUGGGUUCAGCGGUAGAGGAUAUGCUUGUCCAAAGAUGCGUAUUGGGGAUUAGUAUCAUUCAUAUACUUUUCAAACCUGUCUUUCCAUUCGGGAGUUCAGUCCGCGCAACGGUGAGUUAUUGUGAGUCGGUCUUCCUCGAUCCUAUGAAAUCCUGGUGUUAGUCGAUCCGUCAUGCCAUGUGUCGGUGAGGGGCUGAAGGUCAGCGACACACCAGGUUUCGUGCGCCGACGAUGGCGUAUUAUGUUAUCAGCCGACCAUCAGUCGUCACCAAAAGUGGUCGUCGAAGUUUUCGGCCGCAGCGGCGAGCGUAUCAAACACAGAAGGGGUUCAAUUUCCAUCAAUCAGCAUUUUUGUUUGACAUGCGCAGCAUACAUUGUGGGCGUACAUCACCCUUUUAACAUCGCAAAGUAGAAGUCACGCGUCUCUCAUCGCAUGCCCUCAACGUAUAUAGUCCCCAACGAAUUCACUGCAC